GAGAUUAAAUCACUUGUUCUCUGUGUUGGUUCUUAUGGUAUAUUUGAGAAACAACUGGAAGCUCUGCACAGGACAUGAAUGACACUUGUUUCCGCCAUGGACUAGCACCUGCCAGAAACUCCAACGAUCCUUCUGGACUCAUCUUCUAAAUUCUCUCCUACCCCCCAAUGUCCUUAUAUCAUCAUCUUCUUCCAUCUCCAUUUUUACACAAAAAACACAUCACAAACAAAGCCCACUUCACAUCUCUCAUUUGAAUACCCAUUCCCCAUGGCCUUGACCCGUUUGGCUCUGAAGAAUUUGCAGCAAAGGGCGGCCCUUGUUUCCUCUCCUGCUGAUGCUCUUCUCCCCAGGCGAACCGAAGCCCUGAUCAGAAGGUUGUGUGAUCAGAGCUCAGAAGUCAAUCCCAAAGAGAUCACCGUUAAAGAUGAAGACAGAAACCCCAAAAUAGUCCCGAAAAGGGAAAGCAAGAAGUGGGCACCAUGGAGGAAGAAUGGGGGAGAGUUUCAUCUGGGAAAUUCACUGAUGCAAGCGGCAGAGAACUUAAACAGAGUAUUGAAAAGCUUGAAUUUGAGCCGUCCAUGGUGGGUCUCCGGUGGCCGUGUGAAAGAGCAAGAAGAUUGGUACAAACUGCGAGUAGAGAUGCCUGGGAUUGCUAAGGAAGAAGUGAAGGUGACAGUGGAGGGUCGGAUUCUGAACAUCAGAGGAGAGCACAGGGAAGAAGAGGAAGAAGAAGAAGAAUUUGCAGAGAGUUAUGGUUACUAUGAAAGCACGGUGAUGCUGCCGGAAGAUGCGGUGGCGGAUGAGAUCAAGGCGGAGUUGAAAGAUGGGGUUUUGACGAUCACCAUUCCUAGGGCUGAGAAGCCGUCAAAGGAUGUUAAAGAGAUCACUGUCGUGUGAAAUGUUGCUGAGUUUUAAACAUUUUGUAGUCCUUUACUUUGGCCAUUGUAAUUUCAUAAACAUGAAUGAAUAAUCAACUUAGUUGUAUAAACUGGAUGGUUGGAUAUCA